GUCAGGCUUUACUGUUUCCCAAUGCGGAAGUCAAGCACUGAUCACUUCAUUCCUCAAAAACUCCCACGGAUCUGAGACAAGUUGCAAAGAUUUCAUCCCUAUAAGCUGUCAGAGAAAACACAUUACCAUGUGGCCUAACCAAGGUCCUCCCCCUCCAAUGGGCCCACCGAACCCUGCCUAUCCCCCAGGAUACAACCCUGCAUACCCUGGUGUACCUCCACCAGGAGCAUUCCCCCAGGCACCGCCAAAUCCUGCAUAUCCACCUGGCCAGUACCCAGCAUAUCCUGGUGGUGUUAAUCCAGCUGUUCCUCCAGCUAUGCCCCCAUCUACGAUGCCCUUUGGGGCACCAGGACAGCAUGUCUACCCUGCAGCUCCAGGUGGAUACCCAGCAGUCCCUCCUGCAGGUGUCCACCCUGCUCCAUACCCUCACUCCCCAAAAGGUGGCCACCACAAAGGUCAUCACGGAGGCCUCAAUCCUAUGCCUGGGGCAUUAGCUGGUGGAUUGGCAGGCAUGGGGAUGGGGGUGGCUGGACAUAAAGCCCACAAAAAGAUGAAGAAGAAGAUGAAGAAGGCACACAAGGGGCAUAAGCAUGGACACUCAAAACAUGGCGGCAAGUCUUCAAGUAGUAGCAGCAGCAGCAGCAGUAGCAGUGACUCAGACUAAGAUUACUCAUGCAAAAGACAUCUUUCAUAGGAAGCUUUUAUUGUUAUUGAUCUGCUUAACGAGUGGGCCGUCAGACUAUUAAUGAUUACAAGAAAACCAAUGUUCACAAUUUAAUAUUUGUGGAAUAAACAUGAGUAUUACAAGUUAGGCAUGUUUAUAAGAGAAAAUAUAUGUACAUGCUAUUUCCAUCAACAUGUCAACAACAUCUGGCUAUGUCAUGUCAGUCCAUCUUAUCAGGGUUUUUUUUUCUUUCUCCUGUUUGAAACAAAUUGAUUGGCCUUUAAAAUAAUAUAGGGUAUAGGUAGGUAUAAACUGUACCUAAAAAUGUCAAAAUGUGAAGAUGAUUAGGAGACUGCUUUAACCUUACUGUGAUACUAAGAGAAUGCCUUCUACACUGUCUCAUAUUCGUAAUUUAUUGUGUAUAAACGACCCAUGUAAUUUCAGCAUAAACUAAUCUAAAAUUGUGAUUUUAAAGUGCACACGAACUUUCUCCCUUGUGUAUGAAUGGUGUGAUUCUGUAAUGUUGUGACGUUAAAAUGAAGUGUGUCAUUUUUCUGGAUGAUAUCUUAUGCAUCUCCUUUAUAUUUAUGUAUUGUGAGAUUUACAUUAACAUUUUCUUAUUUAGCAGAUGCUUUUAUCCAAAACGACUCACAAGGGAGUGAGCGAUUAGUAGAUAUAUUUUCCUGUCAACCUUACAGGCAUCUCGGGGCAAUGAGGAGUAAACAUGUAAUGACCAAGAGUACACGUCAAGUGCAAUGAAUGCAAGUUUGUGACCGUUAGAUCAACAAUGGUGAUGCGAAUAAUAGGAGAUUCCACAUGUGGUACAAUUCUGCAAAUUAGUAUCACAUUCAUGCUUAGAAUUUAGUUGAUUUGAAGUGUUGAACACACUAAUAUAUAGAAGCUGAAUGUGUUGGUUACUGAUUUUUCUAUUUUCUGCAUUAUACAACUGGAAACUUUUUGUGAUGUAGGUGCUCUAAAAUCACUUAUUUUCUCAUGAAUUAGAAUAAUAACCAAGGUUUGAAUUCAUAAAGACUGUACAAAAAUAAAUCUUAAUUAAAAUAAGCCAAAA